CACUAUCCCGUGCAGCCGAAGACUUGCCCCAGCCCCUCGUCGGCGACCACCAUGGCGGAGACCAACAACGAAUGCAGCAUCAAGGUGCUUUGCCGAUUUCGGCCCCUGAACCAGGCGGAGAUUCUGCGGGGGGACAAGUUCAUCCCCAUUUUUCAAGGGGACGACAGCGUCAUUAUUGGGGGAAAGCCGUAUGUCUUUGACCGUGUAUUCCCCCCAAACACGACUCAGGAGCAAGUUUAUCAUGCAUGUGCCAUGCAGAUCGUCAAAGACGUCCUUGCUGGCUACAAUGGCACAAUUUUUGCUUAUGGACAGACAUCCUCAGGGAAAACACAUACCAUGGAGGGCAAGCUGCACGACCCUCAGAUGAUGGGAAUCAUUCCUCGGAUUGCUCGAGACAUCUUCAACCACAUCUACUCAAUGGAUGAGAACUUGGAGUUCCACAUCAAGGUUUCUUACUUUGAGAUUUACCUGGAUAAGAUCCGAGACCUUUUGGAUGUGACCAAGACAAACCUGUCUGUGCACGAAGACAAAAACCGGGUGCCGUUUGUCAAGGGUUGUACCGAACGCUUUGUGUCCAGCCCAGAGGAGAUUUUGGAUGUGAUCGAUGAAGGGAAGUCGAACCGCCACGUGGCCGUCACCAAUAUGAAUGAGCACAGCUCUCGGAGCCACAGCAUCUUCCUCAUCAACAUCAAGCAGGAGAACAUAGAGACCGAGCAGAAGCUCAGCGGGAAGCUGUACCUUGUGGACCUGGCCGGGAGCGAGAAGGUCAGCAAGACCGGAGCAGAAGGGGCUGUGCUGGAUGAGGCGAAGAAUAUCAACAAGUCUCUGUCGGCCCUGGGAAACGUGAUCUCUGCCCUGGCUGAGGGCACUAAAAGCUAUGUGCCGUACCGUGACAGCAAAAUGACGCGGAUUCUUCAGGACUCCCUGGGAGGAAAUUGUAGGACCACCAUGUUCAUCUGCUGCUCACCGUCCAGCUACAAUGAUGCGGAGACAAAGUCUACCCUGAUGUUUGGGCAGCGGGCAAAGACGAUUAAGAAUACUGCCUCAGUGAAUCUGGAGCUGACGGCUGAGCAAUGGAAGAAGAAAUAUGAGAAGGAGAAGGAGAAGACCAAGGCCCAGAAGGAGACCAUUGCUAAGCUGGAGGCUGAGCUGAGUCGGUGGCGCAAUGGAGAGAAUGUGCCUGAGACUGAGCGCCUGGCUGGGGAGGACUCAGCUCUGGGAGCCGAGCUCUGUGAGGAGACUCCUGUGAAUGACAACUCAUCCAUCGUGGUCCGCAUCGCACCAGAGGAGAGGCAGAAGUAUGAGGAAGAGAUCCGCCGCCUCUACAAGCAGCUUGACGACAAGGACGAUGAGAUCAACCAGCAGAGCCAGCUCAUUGAGAAGCUGAAGCAGCAGAUGCUGGACCAGGAAGAGCUGCUGGUGUCUACUCGGGGAGACAAUGAGAAGGUCCAGCGGGAGCUGAGCCACCUGCAGUCAGAGAACGAUGCUGCUAAGGAUGAGGUGAAGGAAGUCCUGCAGGCCCUGGAGGAACUGGCAGUCAACUACGACCAGAAGUCGCAGGAGGUGGAAGAGAAGAGCCAGCAGAACCAGCUGCUGGUGGAUGAGCUGUCCCAGAAGGUGGCCACCAUGCUGUCCCUGGAGUCUGAGCUACAGCGGCUCCAGGAGGUCAGUGGACACCAGCGGAAACGGAUCGCUGAGGUGCUCAAUGGGCUGAUGAAGGACCUGAGCGAGUUCAGUGUCAUCGUGGGCAACGGUGAGAUUAAGCUGCCAGUGGAGAUCAGCGGGGCCAUCGAAGAGGAGUUCACCGUGGCCCGACUCUACAUCAGCAAAAUCAAAUCGGAGGUCAAGUCUGUAGUGAAGCGGUGUCGGCAGCUGGAGAACCUGCAGGUGGAAUGUCACCGCAAGAUGGAGGUGACUGGCAGGGAGCUGUCAUCCUGCCAGCUGCUCAUCUCACAGCAUGAGGCCAAGAUCCGUUCGCUUACGGAAUACAUGCAGAGUGUGGAGCUGAAGAAACGGCACCUGGAAGAAUCCUAUGACUCCCUGAGCGAUGAACUAGCCAAGCUUCAGGCGCAGGAAACUGUGCAUGAAGUGGCCCUAAAAGACAAGGAACCGGACACACAGGACGCAGAGGAAGUGAAGAAGGCCCUGGAGCUGCAGAUGGAGAAUCACCGUGAGGCUCAUCACCGGCAGCUGGCCCGCCUCCGGGAUGAGAUCAAUGAGAAGCAGAGGACCAUUGACGAGCUUAAAGACCUGAACCAGAAGCUGCAAUUGGAGCUGGAGAAGCUGCAGGCUGAUUAUGAGAGGCUGAAGAACGAAGAGCACGAGAAGAGCGCCAAACUGCAGGAGCUGACAUUUCUGUACGAGCGACAUGAGCAGUCCAAGCAGGACCUCAAGGGGCUGGAGGAGACAGUUGCCCGGGAACUCCAGACCCUCCACAACCUUCGCAAGCUGUUCGUUCAAGACGUCACGACUCGAGUCAAGAAAAGUGCAGAAAUGGAGCCCGAGGACAGUGGGGGGAUUCACUCCCAGAAACAGAAGAUCUCCUUUCUUGAGAACAACCUGGAACAGCUUACAAAAGUUCACAAACAGCUGGUACGUGACAAUGCAGAUCUGCGUUGUGAGCUUCCUAAAUUGGAAAAACGACUUAGGGCUACGGCUGAGAGAGUUAAGGCCCUGGAGGGUGCACUGAAGGAGGCCAAGGAGGGAGCCAUGAAGGACAAGCGCCGGUACCAGCAGGAAGUAGACCGCAUCAAGGAAGCCGUGCGGUACAAGAGCUCCGGCAAGCGGGGCCAUUCUGCCCAGAUUGCUAAGCCUGUGAGGCCUGGCCACUACCCAGCCUCCUCACCCACCAACCCCUAUGGCACCCGGAGCCCCGAGUGUAUCAGUUACACCAACAAUCUCUUCCAGAACUACCAGAACCUGCACCUGCAGGCUGCACCUAGCUCCACCUCAGAUCUAUACUUUGCUAACUCCUGUGCCAGCAAUGGAGCCACAUCCAGUGGCCCCUUAGCUUCCUACCAGAAGGCCAACAUGGACAAUGGAAAUGCCACAGAUAUCAACGACAACAGGAGUGACCUGCCAUGCGGCUACGAGGCUGAGGAUCAGGCCAAGCUUUUCCCUCUCCACCAAGAGACAGCAGCCAGCUAA